UCUUCCCUUUCCUUUCUUUAUGCUCUCAACCACUAAAAACUUUCACACUGAGGUCACCCACCACCUAUACUCAAAAAAGAGAUCACCCACCCCACCACUCCUCUCUCUCUAAGUCACUACAUACAAAGAGAAUAAAGAAGGAACACUUGCAGAUCAUACACCCUCUCAAAGCUCUUCCUUAUUCUCUUGCUCUUCACUUCCCUACAUAGAAAGAAAGAAAAAGAAAGAAGAAAGCAGUACUGCAACUGCAUGCCAGUACUGGUGUUCUUGGUGCAAAAUCUCAGACUAGUUGAGUGGGUUUAUCUCUAGCACAUCUAUCAAUCACCACACAUCAUCCACGCAUCAAGAAGAUAUCAAGGAAGAACGAAAGGAAGACAUCAUAGAAUGCCAAUUCAAGGAAUCUUCAUGGAAACCACCUCAAUGCCAUCCCUCGACCUCUCGUUGCACAUCAGCCCUCCAAGCCCCACGCCCUCCUCAACACCCGCCACCGACCGUGACCCCAGCCUUGGUCUUCUUCACCGGAUCGAAGCCCUCAAACCGCAAGCUGAAGACCGCUCAAACUUGUUAGCUUGCACCCAUCUUUCCCUUUCAAGUUCAUCGGCAAGCUUGGAGGCAGAUGGCUCAUGGAGGUGGCAAGGACCACAGCAUGAUCGGUGCCAAAACAGCCAUCUGGAGUCAGUCUUGGAUGGCUCGAGGCCAAUAAAGGGAAUCCCCAUCUACAGCAGCUCGAAUCCACCGUUCCUCUCAGCUGAUCCGGAGAUGGGAUUCAACCACCAAACGUUAUCUUCCCCUUCUUCAUGGUCUUCAUUUUUCUCUUCGACGCCAUCUCCACCUCCUUCUUCUUGUGGCUAUUCUACCCAUUUAGAUACAAUGAGCUCUUUCUUGCGCUCUGCCGGUCUGGUCCCAUCUAUGGGCUCUUCCUAUCAUCGGAUGAUGGCACCACCGACAAGAUUCACCGGGUUAUCAUCGGACACGAUCAAGUAUAACCAACACUACAGCCACCACCAACAACAUGGAAUUGGGCCGCUAGAUAUCUCUCAGAACAUGAUGAGGUCUCGGUUCAUGCAGAAGCUCCCAGCGAAGCGGAGCGUGCGUGCGCCAAGGAUGCGGUGGACCAGCUCCCUUCAUGCUCGCUUCGUCCACGCCGUCGAGCUCCUCGGUGGUCACGAGAGGGCAACGCCGAAGUCUGUUCUUGAGCUCAUGGAUGUGAAAGAUCUUACUCUUGCUCAUGUCAAGAGCCACUUGCAGGUAUUUUUUGUCUAA